AUGGGGCUACAGAAUUUUCGUGCGAUUAAACAAGAGCCACGCUAUGAGGCCGCCGAAGCAGCCGAAAUGCAUGAACUUCAGAACAUCGCCUCGGACGUUUCAAUACGCCAAACGAAGAGCAAGAGGCAGAAGAAAUGGCGAGUCUGGCAUGCCGCUGCAUGGCUUGUGUUGCUAUGCGUCGGGGGACCUGUUCUCUUGAAAAGUCUAUCAACAAAAUAUCUAUUGGGAAUUCGGACGUAUAGCGGGACUGGGGUACAAAGCUCUUCACUGCCCUGCGACGUGCACCAACCUUGGACAUCGUGGUCGACAUUGUUUGAAAUCAAUAUCAGGACAGGACCUUUAUCUUUCACCUCUGCCAAGGUUAUUGAUAUUGCUUUCGACGUGCUUGUAGGACGUGCAGGGCAGGCAUGUCUGGCUUGGAUAGCAUACAGAGUGUACACUGAUACCCUGAUGCGUAUUGCUGAGAGUGAGCAGGUACGCUUGGAUCUAUUUGCCGCAAUCUCACUCUCCCCCAAUAGUUUUGCAACUAUUGGCAUUACUGCUAGAUCUGUUGCCUCGGCCAAAAAGCUGUGGACUAAAUUUACACUGAUCUGGGCAGUGCUGGCCAUGUUGUACGUCUUGAUAUUCCCGACUUUGGUUUCCGCAGCCACCUCGCUCGUUGGUGCAACUGUCAGAUCAGUACAGCUCGCCAACCAAGGUACCGCACCAAUUGCCGAUUACCUCGCAAGUGCCGCGUAUUCCUUCGCCGACACCGGUUUAGACAAGCCAAACCCCUGGAGUGUGCCUGUCGGUAACACCAGCGCCUUGGGCGAAUUUGGAAACCCGUUUUGCCAGAACUUUUUUCUUUUUAGCCCACACUCCUACGGUGGGAUGUCAGGAAGGGCUGUUAACAUAAACAACAAAGCCUACACCUUUAACGAAACCACCAAGCUGGCAUGCGGAUUCUCCUACGGAGGAGAGUUCAACAUAGCCAAGGGAGAUAAUAUUGGGCGCACCAACAAACUUGAGGAACUCACUUCACGUCCGAUAGUCUGUUUGCCGAACGGGAAUAAAUACCAAUGGGGCGCUUCCUGGGAGCUCUUGAUCGUGAUCAUUGUCCUCCAGAUUGUUUGGUCCGCUAGCUUGCUUUUGAUAUGGGCAGAGGUAGCAACACACAGUCCGCUCGUGAAACAAGGCAGGAAGAUGGGCUUAUGGAGGGCGGUACUUGAUUUGGCUAGGCCAUUACAGGGCCGUUUGGGUUCCAAUGAUGGCGUCUACGACCAGAAACAGCUGAGAAAGAUGGUCGAAAAUAUGCCACCCGUACGUUAUGAGGUGAAGGGUGACGGACUCGAAGAUGAAGGGAGUCGCAAGGACGUGCAUCUGGUCUCUUAUCUUGAUGAUAGUUCUAGGUUACCUUUUACGCAGCAGUCCUCUUAA